AUGGACGGAUCGCCACCGAAGGCCAACCGAAAGGUGCGUUUCUCGCUACCGGAACCAGCCGUCCCGGCCGUACCAUCCGUUCCGACGACGGCGGCGGCCCAGAAGCAACGGAUGGCUCACGGUACGGUGCAGUACGUGAACGGGACACUCAUCAGUCAGCCAGCGUCCGGUUCCGGGGCGCAGUCGCAGCGGUUUGCGCCCGCGGGCACCACCACCAAUCACCACCACCAUCAGACACUGCAGGUGACGGCCACCGCAACAACCGUUCCAUCCGUCAGCUCCGUGCUCCGACCGAAGGAGCUGAACAACAAAAUCGUGCUCCACCUGCGACCGUCCGUCAGCUCGCUGGAUGGCAGUGGUAGCGGCAGCGGUGGUGAACUGUCCCCGAAAGGCUCCAUCGACGGUGCAGCGGCGGCGGGGAAGUCGACGAAACCGAAACCCCUCCCAACGAAGGCCGGUCUUGGUGGGUCCGGUGGGAACUCAUCCCGAUCACUCCGGGGUCUGCCGCAAAUCAACCAAAAGUACCCGAGUUCGGAGGACGUCAACAACAAUCUGGGUCCACAGUCGAUCGGUGUGCGACAGAGGCCGGUACCGGACGAGCUGGGGGGUUGGAACCAUCCGACCAAAAAGCCGACCCUGCUCCUGCGAACCAUCACGAGUGGCAGCGGUGGCACAACGGUGCAGCAACCAUCGGGCGCGGGAAAACCUUUUCCACCACGAAACCGAGCCAAAUCGGUCGGUAAACUUUCGGUCGGCCACUCGAUCGGUCCGGUUCGGGCCCACAAAACGUUGAUCUCGUCCCACCUGCAACCCCUGGAGGGUGGUGGUGGAAGCGGGGCGGUCGUAAUACGGGUGCAGGAUAAUGGUCUCGGAAAGUCCGGACCCGGCGUGGACGACGGGCUCAGCGUGGGCAGCAUAAUUCGCCCGGGGAACGGAACGCAGCACCAGCCUAUGGGGCGGCCGGUGUGCGACCGGAAGCCCGGCACCACCAGCGGAAACUUCCUGGCCGUGCCCGAGUAUAGCGAUCGGUACGAGGGCAUGGAAACGGUCGUAUCCGCGACGGCGCUCCACGAUGAGGAAGACGAGGACGAGUACGAGGACAGCAGCGAGCAGGACGAAUCGGCCGCGAAACGCAGCACGACGGACAAGGACGACCCGAGCGCCACCGGCGGUGCCAGUACUGGAUCGGCCGGUAUAAACGGCGACGACACGAGCUUCCGGUGUAGCCGAGACACAAAGCUCGGGCGGGAUAAAAACUCGGCGCAGUUCUGGGACUUUGUCGAGCGGUGGCGCACCAAUCGGGCGCUGAAAAAGCUUGAAAAUUCAAACCACGAGCAGCCGACGAGCGCGAGCUCGCUCGCAUCAGUUUCCAUCGGGACCUCGCACAAGGCGGACGCAAAAAGCCCUACGCUUAGCUCGCGGAUACGUGCCCUCAGGAUGAGCCUGGAACAGGUGCCGACGGUGACGACGUUGCUGCGGGCGUCCCGAGACGCCAACGAGUUUCUGCUGAAGGAGGUAUUCCGGGACAUCCUGGAGAACGGUAUCUCGAAGGAGAACCUCAACUCGACCGACCGUAGCGGACGGACGGCCAUCUCCUACAUCUGUUCGACCAAUUUGACCAACUUUUUGGAGCUGUUCCUGCAACUGCCGGGUAUCGAUGUCAACAAACAAGAUAACGAAGGCAACACGCCGCUUCACUUUGCGGCCCAAGCUGGACUCUCGGACGUGGUGAACAUGCUGAUCACCAAGUGCCGCAGCCUGGUCAUCGAUCCGAAGAACAACCUCGGCUUUACGCCCCUGAUGAAGGCGGCCCUGCAGGGUAGGACUCGAUGCGCCAAGCUGCUCCUUUUCGCUGGGGCAUCGCCAGUCGAAACCGAUGCCGGACGAGGAUUUAGGGCCGAACAGUGGGCACGCUUCUGUGGACGUCAUACUUGCGCCGAAACGAUAGAACAGUGCGCCCGAGCCCGGCUGCUGGACAAGUCGACCCCCUGCGGUCGGUGGUCGCACGACAUCAAUCUGCCGGUGGACAAGAAUGCACUGAAGGCACGCAGCUGCAGCAUCACGCCCCAGUCAACCCAGAACGGGUUCCGCUCCAAGUUCCGCAAAGUAUUUCCGUUUAACUUUAACUCCUCGAAGGACAAACCGGCCAGCAAGGAGGGCGAGGAGAACUACACGAAGGAUCUGGUCAACUACCUACGCUCUGCGACGCUCUGCGUCAGUGGUCCCGCCCUGUCCGCGAAUCGGAAAAUAAUCCAGAGUCUGAUCCGACCGUUGGAAGUGCCAAAACUAGAGGUGACGUACGCAAACAAUAAUGCACUGAUCAAAAAGUACGAAGCAGCGGCGGCCACUGGAGCCACCGAGAAUGGAACGGCAAACGGGCGGCGCGAUUCGGCAGACGGACCCAGCACCACCACCACCGACAGUCGUCACGGGACACCUCAAGCGUCACCGGUGCUGACCAGGGCCAAGGUCCGGAACUGAGUGCCAACCUGGGGAGGAUAUAGCCGCGCGGUUACCGCGGCCAGAACUGUUGUGCUAAAAGUCUACCAUCCGCGAAUCCGCACACGAAGUGUGUAGCGUGUGUGCGGUCAUUUGCAAAACAUUCUCCAUAAACCAUCGAUCGACAUUACUUCCACUAGCUACGGCUUCCCUAGUGACCGUGUUUCUUUCGUAUACUGUGUCAUCUAAUACUCUUCUCGUAGCUCGGUUAAGGUUAUAAUUCUCUCAGAUACAAUAAAGCGUAAUUUUAGGCAUAAUCGGUAAGAAGAGAGAGAACAUCGGUACCAGUAAAGUGUACGCAUGAAUGUUAGACUGUAAAACUUAGUGGAACUCAGUGCAUUAUUAUCGCAUAUCUGUGUAUCCCUUGUAAAUGUAACCCAUAAAGGAACAAUGCCAUGCGAGCAAAGCAGUUUAA